GCUGAUUUUUUAUUUGUAAGGAACACUAUAAAGAAUGGAAAUGUAGAGUAUUUUUUGCAUUUAUAUUUUGUAAAAAAGUGAUGGGUUUUUAUUUUACUGCUUUCUCUCUAACUGAAUGAAUAUCACUUACAUAACUAAUCAUGGCAUCAGAUUGCUUUUCUUGUCUUACCUUUCAGUUUUGCCCUCAUAACACGUUUUAUAUGUUUAUUGUAGAAAUAUUGUUGCGUUAUAAAGAAUAUUGAUGUAAGAUUUUUGAAGUUACAUUUACCCAGGGAAAGUUCUUUCCCUCCCGUUUUUCACUUCUUUCAUAGUUGUAUCUCUAUACCAGCCUACUUCAACCAAGCCUCAUUAGUACAAGGCCAAUUAGUAACUGAAUAUCGCCAAAUAAAAUAUGGGAGACUGGGGUUUCCUGUCAACCUUGCUGGACAAGGUCCAGUCCCACUCCACAAUCAUUGGGAAGCUCUGGAUGAGUGUCCUCUUCCUGUUCAGGAUCAUGGUUUUGGGUGCCGGUGCUGAGAGCGUCUGGGGGGACGAGCAGUCGGGUUUCAUCUGCAACACUCAGCAACCUGGUUGUGUGAACGUCUGCUACGACUGGACCUUCCCCAUCUCGCACAUUCGCUUCUGGGUCCUCCAGAUCAUCUUCGUCUCCACACCAACGCUGCUGUACCUGGGCCAUGCCAUGCACAUCAUCCACAAGGAGAACAAGCUGAGGGAGCAGCAGCGAUUGAGCCCUGGCGGGACCCGGCUGCUCAAAGUGCCCAAAUACUCAGACGAAAAGGGAAAGGUGAAGAUCAAGGGGAACCUGCUCGGGAGCUACCUGACCCAGCUCGUGGUCAAGAUCAUCAUUGAGUCUGCCUUCAUAGUGGGCCAGUACUACCUGUACGGCUUCAUUAUGGUCCCCAUGUUCCCCUGCUCUAAGAAGCCCUGUCCCUUCACUGUGGAGUGCUACAUGUCCCGACCCACAGAGAAGAGCAUCUUUAUUAUCUUCAUGUUGGCAGUUUCCUGCGUGUCUCUGCUUCUCAACGUCAUUGAGGUUUUGUAUCUGAUUUGUACCAGGGUCAAAUGUAGGUCCAGGCCUCACGCACUCACUUCAGCAGAAAACCCUGCCAGCCUGUCAGCACCCAGGUGGACGACUACAGAGGAAGCACUCAAGCAGAACAAGAUUAACAUGGAGCUAGAGAGUGUUGGUGGAAGCCUGGACGGGGCCAAAGAGGAGAAAAGACUACUGAGUGAUCAUUAAAAUCCACUGACCUGACUAUUUUAUUGUAUGAAAUGCUCCUUUCAGAAUUCUGCCUCACGUUUCCUUGUUCUAAAAGACUGAAGUGAAGUGUUCUUACAUUGUGGUGUACAAAUCAUGACAGAACUUUAAGGAAUGGGGUUAUUAUUUCAGCGCCACGUUGUUGGAAUUUUACAUUUACUUUGUAUUCUUUAACUGGAAAUCUAAUAAUGGAAAACAUGCAAUAUUGAUAAUGUAUUUAUGUUCUUCUAUACUCACUUGUUAAUCUAUGAAUGAGCAGAAUUUUGUCUACGCCCAGUUAUUAAAUGUGUCCUUUAAGUAACUGCCGUGUUCAUUAGCUAGGAUUUAAAAUAAUUGACAAUGAUGCUAAUGAUUAUUGUGGCGAAGAGUCUGUUUAUAUGGUUUCUACUGUAUAUGAAGACAUUUUUGUAUGCUGUAUUGUUUUUAAUAAAUGACUGGAUAAAGUUU